AGUGUUCACUGCAGUUUUAGAGAAUCCAACCUGAUUUACUUAUUAUUUUCGCUUCUAUUGUUUAAGAAUUGUUAUUUUGAGCUUUAUUAUUAACAAUAGACGACUUGUAGAAGGUACCUCAAAUCUCAUUGUGUUUGUAUCGAAAUUUUGUUGAAAGGACAAUUCUACAACUUUCUGGUCAACAUAUCUCAAUUUUGAGUGGAUCGUUCUUCUGCCUAUACUUAGCUAGUUCGGAUUUUACUUGCAAGGUUUUCUGUUUUCUGAAGUUGACGAUUUGAUCGGCGUCUUUCAAUAUGUCAGUUGAAUGCAAGAACUCAAUUUUCUUUCCAAGGCCGCUUACUCAACUGGUCAAACGAGAUUUUCAGCUUUUUAAUCCAUCUAAUGUACCUAUCGGCUUCAAGGUAAAAACAACUGCUCCUAAGCAGUAUUGCGUACGUCCCAAUGGUGGCAGAAUUGAACCUCAAUCAUCAACAUCCAUUCAAGUGAUCUUGCAACCUUUGGAUCAUGAGCCGGCACCAAAUGCCAAGUGUCGUGACAAAUUCCUUGUGCAAAGUGCCCAACUUCGCCCAGAACUCGAAGGGGUUGAUAUCUCUGAGAUUUGGAAUCAAGUGAGAAGAGAAGACAUCCAUGAGCGUAGAAUCCGCUGCUUUUACGGGGAUCCUUCCGAAGAAGAAGCUUCACAUCGUCACAAAAACUCUUUAUCAAACUCUGCAGGUAAUGCUGCGUUUGCUUCCCAAAAUCCCAAUCCUGCACCUGGAAGACAAGCCCAACCGUCUGGAAAUGUUCCUCCUUCUGUAGCGCAGCCUUCUCAAACGCCUCGUUCAUCGGUUGAUGCACCUGGUCUCUCCACGACUGCACCGAAGGCAGCUCCUCCAACUAAAUUAGGUGAGCCACUUGCUACAACUACAAAUACAACGUUUUUAAAUACUUCUGCUCCCGCUCCCGCUCCCGCGUCUAAUCCCAUCAACCCACGAUUUCAAUCAGCAGUUGCUAUGUCACCAACUGAGCCAAAAUCAUCGACGAGUACUCAUUUUGGAAACACACCUUUACCAACUACGAAAUCUACGUCUACUUUUGGCCGACCCACGGCUGGCGCUAAAGUUGUACCACAAAUUCACAAUACUGUCACCAUACAAACUGCGGUUUUAUUAGCCAUUAUUUGUUUCUUGAUAGGUCUACUAUUCUAAUCUAGAUAUAUUGAUGCAUGUUCAACCAUCCAAUACCGCUGUCAUUUCCCA